AUGAUAGCAGAUCCUCUUUGCUCGAUGUUCAUUGCUGUUUUGAUUGCUAUGAGUGUGUUGGCCUUGAUCAAGGAUUCUGUAAUGAUCCUCAUGCAGCGGCAACCAAGAGAACUAGACAAUCUCUUGUCCCAGUGCUACCAGAGAGUCCUACAGUUGGAUGGAGUUGUUAGUGUUCAAGAUCCUCAUUUUUGGACACUCUGUACUGAUGUUUACUGUGGAGGGGUAAAGCUGGAAGUGCUGCCAAAUGCUGACCCAAGGUACAUUACCAGUCAUACCCACAUGAUCUUUACAGCAGUGGGCAUUAAGCAGUUAUAUGUUCAGCUUGAUUAUGCUCCAUUAUAG